AUGGAGCGCACGCAGCCGUGUCGAGUGCCGGAUGGCUUUCGACAUCUUCCCAAGGUGCCCCGGACGGGCCGUGCCACGGAAGUCUUGCCCCAGAUCUUGCUGAACACCCGUCCAGACACUCUGAGGAAGGCCAAUUCCAAGCGAAAACAGGUGUCUGGGCCCAUCGGCUCCAAAGGACAUGCGAAACGAUCCUGGAGCCGAGGGCUGGGCCCGCAGUCGGCUCGCUCCGUCGCAAAAGCCUUGAACUUCGGGCGCUUCCUGGUUCAAGAGGAUCGCUUGGCCAAAUUGCAAUUCUCUGAGUCUGUCCUGGCACCAGGUGGUGAUUCAGGGCAGCAUGAUGUGGGUCUAGCCUUGAAAGCCUUGGAAGAGAAGAGCCUGGAGAGUUCUGAGAGGGAUGUCUUGGCAUCGCUUGCCAGUUUCUGGGAGGAUUCCUCUAUGCUCGAUCCAUUGGAUCCUAUGACCUCGUCUUUCCGCGAGCGCGAAACGGGGCCGAUGGAACUGUCGUCUUGCGAUGGGCUUUGUGGGCGCAGCUGGGCAGCGCAACAGGCUUAUUGUCGGUCUUUGAUGAGCUCGAGGAAUGAUAGUAGGACGGGACCUGCUCAGCUUUCCCGAGAUGAUGAGACGAUCCCCGAGCUGCAUCCAGAGCUGAGAAAACAGGAUCUGCAACGAAGCUUCUCCAUCUUUCCUGAGGAGGUUCUCAUGAGGCUGAAAGACUUCAGGAGGAGACCAGUGGGAGACUACCACAUUGACGUGCCUGAUACGAAGGCGGAUGACAGUGGCUCCUCUCGACCUCAGUGCGUUGACCUAGAGCACGUCGACGCUUCGUCGGUGCAAUGGGCUUUGCUCCAAUUCUGCGUGGGCGAAGGCACCCUGAAACGACAGCGGCUGCUGUUCCUGCACGUCAAUGGGCAGGAUUGUCCCCCCAUCGCUCGGGGCCGCGCCAACGAGCUGACUGCCAGUGUGCAGCAGAUCUUGCGCGAGGGCACCGGGCAGGCAGAGGCGUUUCACGCCUCAGUCGAAGUCAAGGGUCCUGAAGAGGUCACGGUGGAGAGGCUGCUGGAGCGGGUGCUGCCGUUCUUCGUGGUGGAUCACCAGGAGUACUCCGUGCAGUGGUUACAAUCUCACUACGACCGACAACUCGAGGAGGCUCAAUCCCCCGCAGCUGCCCCCGACACGGCCCCACCUGAAGCCAGCGUGCGCCGGUCGACCGCGGGAGAGUCCAGUGCAAAGAGGGGAACGGUGUUUGAGAUGGGCACCACGAGCUUCGACAGUGGCCGUGAUGCCUUAAAGGCCGUGGCCGAGUCUCUAGGCGCCUGGAACUGGGUCUUCUUCAGGGCCACCGGGGACGUCGUGGCCGUUGAGGAUUUAAGCGUGGUGGCUGGUGGCAUCGGCAGUGUGGAGGAGAUGCAGAGCUGUUAUGAAGAACAUCCGCAAGACGUUCUCUUUGGUCUGCUCCGCAUGGGUUUCGGUCAGGGCCGCCUGCGGCGGACCAAGUACGUCUUCAUCCACGCCAUAGGCGACAAGGUGCCCGCGGUGACGCGUGGGAAGAAAUCCGCACAGCGGCCUAAGAUGGAGGAACUCAUGGGAAGUUACGCCAGCAUUUCAGUGACCAUGGAACUGCUAACUACCAGCGACUUGACCCUGAAGUCGGUGGUGGAUCGCGUGAGACGUGCGGUGGUGGUGGACGAUGAUGUGCUGGACAGAGACAAGGCGACCCCUUCGGUCUUCUCUAUGGAAGCCUUUCAGCAAGCGCUGCAAGAGGAGAAGAAAAGUCGUAUGGAAGAGAUUCGCGCACAGAGAAAACUCCGUAUGGAGCAGAGCGAAGCGACGUCGCGCGAAGGAUCUGCCUACUCCGACCGUUCGGUAACCUCAAUGGUGUCGCUCUUGCGCAGCGACCGCGAGGCUCUCAACUGGCUGCUGCUGGGCCCCGACCCAACGUGGCUGCGGCGCCGUGGCACUAGUGCAGGGUACCCGACAAAGACGGAGCAGUUAGUGGUGCCAGGUAGCCCCGGUAGCGUGGGGGAGUCCACCGUCUUGCCGAGUCCGCAGAGUCAGCCGGCGGAGCCAUGGUCGCCACCGGAGACCCCCGAGAAGGCCCUGCCGGAUGACACCGAUGUCGUUGACGCGGCCGACGCUUCUCCCUUAGCAACGCCGCGGCCGAAUCUCUCCUUCGAAGUGAUCAACUCGACGGUGAGAUUUUCGGGGCCAUUGCUAAAGCGCUCAGGUGCCUGGCACGGCUUUUGGCAGCUUCGAUGGUUUCAGGUCCGUGGUGGCUCGCUGAUGUGGUGGGGUUCUCCGGAACUGGUGGCACAGGAACCGGCGGGCGCACUGCCGCUGCGUGACAUGAAGGUGCAGCGGAAGGGGGCCACACAAUUCACACUGGAAUGUGCCUUCGGUAAGAAGAAGGUUUACAUCCUGGAUACGGACGUCUUCAGCAGCUGCGAGGAAGCCAACUGGCUGUCAGAUCGUGGCCGCACGUGGCCCAGGGCGGAGCAAUGGGUCAGGGCUCUGGAAGAGGAGAGCAUCUUGCAUCCCAACAUGUCGCCUGGAGCUUGGGGAAUGGGGGGGAGAGGUGAUGAAAACCAGAAUUUUGUUGAAGAAAAUGGCAAUGAUACGGUUAUGAUAUGGCUAUAG